AUGGAGGAUUUCAAAGUCCUCAACCUGCUCGGGAAAGGCUCCUUCGCCUGUGUGUACAAAGCAAAGUCUGUGAACACCGGUUUAGAAGUUGCCAUCAAAAUGAUUGACAAGAAUGCUAUGCACAAGGCAGGCAUGGCCCAGCGUGUCAGCAAUGAAGUGGAGAUCCACUGUCGAUUAAAACAUCCCUCAAUUCUUGAGCUUUACAGUUACUUUGAAGAUAGUAACUAUGUGUACCUCGUUCUUGAGAUGUGCCACAAUGGAGAGAUGAGUCAAUGCUUGAAGAACAGAAAGAAACCCUUCACAGAGGACGAAGCAAGGCACUUUAUGCGUCAGAUAGUGAAGGGCUUGUUGUACCUGCACACCCACGGCAUCAUGCACAGGGACCUGACCCUGUCCAACCUGCUCCUCACAAGCAGUAUGAAUGUCAAAAUUGCGGACUUUGGUCUGGCCACUCAGCUGAAGCUCCCUUCCGAGAAGCACUUCACCAUGUGUGGGACCCCUAACUACAUCUCCCCGGAGGUGGCUACUCGAAGUGCCCAUGGGCUUGAGUCAGACGUCUGGUCUAUUGGCUGCAUGUUCUAUGCCUUUUUAAUGGGCCGUCCACCAUUUGACACCGACACCGUCAAGCACACCCUGAACAGGGUUGUCUUGGGCGAGUAUGAAAUGCCGACCCACAUCUCCCAGGAGGCCCAGGAUCUUAUCCAACUGCUGCUGCGCAAGAACCCAGCGGAGCGUCCCAGCCUUUCCGCAGUGCUGGACCACCCCUUCAUGACGGGUCAUUUCUCAGUAAGGGGCACAGAUCUUGGGGGUCUAGAAAGGUCUGUAGACAGCGGCAUUGCCACUGUUUCUGCAUUGUCCACCAACACCACCAGGAGCAGCAGCUUCUUCCACAAGAAGGCUCGACACGUGAUUAAGUCAACAUUGCCUAAUCGUAUCGUGCCUCCAGCUAACCUGGCCCUGCAGCACAUUGACUUGGCCUCUGAGGACAGAGGGUGGCAGCAAGAAUCCAAUGCCCCCGUGACAUGGAUCAGACCAACGGCAACACAGGGGAGUGACAGUGGGAAGUCUCACUCUCGCUGUCUGCGAAGGGUUCACUCAUCUGAUCAGCUAAACUCCUAUGUAAACACACUCCCGGCUGUGGGUAGCAGGGGUCUUGAGAGAUGCUACUCAGCAGAGGCCUUGCCAGAGACUUGCAGCAGCUCAUCUCCAGAGCCCAAAUAUCAGACCUCACUCCCAGUCAAAGUGACAUCCACUUCCAAAUGUUGUGCACCUGCGCACCAGCUACUGUCGCUCACCCAUCAGGGUUCAGAGGGAUCUCCAUGCUGGAUUACUGAAGGUUCCUUCCACAACUCCACAGACACAAGCCCUCACAUGGCCAACAGCAGCUGCCGCGGUGACCAGGAGGCCCAGGCCCAGCUCCGAUCCCAACCCAGAGCCUGUGUUCCUGCCACCCAAAGCAGCAGUUGCCAGCCUCCACCUAAAGAUGAUCUGCUUCCACAAAGAGAGACAAGUGCUGUCCAGCAGAAACAGCUGGUCAGGAACAUGUUGCCACCUCUGUCUUCAGGUAGACUGAAGCCCAUAAGACAAAAAACAAAGAAUGCUGUGGUGAGCAUCCUUGAAACAGGUGAGGUGUGCAUGGAGCUUCUCAAGGGCCAGGGCUCUCAGGAGCGGGUCAAAGAGGUGCUCCGCAUCUCCAGCGAUGGGUCCAUGGUAACAAUCUACCAGCCGGGUGAAGGAAAGGCGCCCCCUGUGCUGGAUUGCCCCCCAAGUCCGCCUGAGGACAUUUUCAUCUGCAGUUACGAGGACCUACCAGAGAAAUACUGGAAGAAGUACCAUUAUGCCUCCAAGUUUGUUCAGCUAGUCAAAUCAAAGACACCGAAAGUGACCCUUUAUACAAAAUAUGCCAAAUGUAUGCUGAUGGAGAAUUCCCCAAAUGCAGAUGUGGAAAUGAGCUUCUAUGAUGGAACAAAGAUACACAGGUCUGCAGAACUUGUGCGAAUUGUCGAGAAGACAGGGAAGUCAUUCACAGUGAAGGGUGAGGUGGGGCUGUCUGGCUUAAGUCCUGAGACCAAGGCCUACAUGGAACAAUUCAGCGAGGGACACCACAUGUGCCUGGCUUUGGAGGCAGCAGUCUCUGCUGAGGAGCAGCGCAGUUCAAGGACUACACCCUUCUUUCCCAUCACCAUUGGCAGGAGGCCCACCAAUGCUGGCUUCCCAAACCCCACCUCUCAGAGCAUACAAGCUGGCAGGUCGUCUCAUGUUCCAGCUGAAGGUCCAACCAAGAUGACCCCCAUCAGCCCUUCGAUGAUCUCAUGCGAUAGUUCAGACUUCACCUCUGGCAACUUGACCAAGAGCUGCACUCCAGUAUCCUCUAACCAGGACUCUUCAGAUCUGGCAGGGAAAGUUUUAAAGUCUGUCUUUGUUCCAAAAAUUGGCUGGGCCUCCCAGCUUACCAGUGGAGAGGUCUGGGUGCAGUUCAACGAUGGUUCUCAACUGGUAGUGCAGGCAGGGGUUUCCUCCAUCAGCUACACCUCUCCUGAAGGACACACCACCAGGUACAAGGAGAACGAGAAGUUGCCACAGCAUGUCAAAGAGAAACUGCACUGCUUGUCAUCCAUUCUAGGGCUCUUAGCUUGUCCUGCUGGACAGCACUAA